UCUAUUCUUUUCUUUUCCCCAAUUCUCCCUUCCCCCUCCUCGCCUUCGUGCGCUCGGGUCGCCUCCCCUCCCUCGCUCUUCAAAUUGGGUUCCUUUUCUUCCUUGCCGGCUUUUUUUUUUUUGAACUUUUUAAUUAUACAUAUAUCCCCUCAAACCAUGGCUGCGUGAAACUUUUCCCACCAACUCCCAAUCCCUUCCCGCUCUCGGUCAUGGUCCCCAGGCAACAACCGUAAAUAAGGCUACGUACACGGGGAAAGCAAAAAUAUUUAUGUUGGUUACAAAGAAUAAAGAAAUGGAAGACGACCCGCAGAGAGCGUCGUCGGGCUGCGGCCUCCUGGUGCUUUACAACAACGUCUUCCGGCGGCGCAAUGCUUCGUCGUCCCCCCAGCACCAGCAGCCCCCCUCGGCGGACUCUCCCAAGCUCGCGCACUCCAAUUCCAAAAGCCAGCAUCCGGCGCCCGAUAGCAAGCCCCCCGAUCUGCCAGUCGCCAUGUCCAAAGCCAAGGCCGCCGCCGCCGCCGCCGCCGCGCCACCCCGCUCGACCAAGGCGCUUGCAGGCCCUGCAAGAAUGCAGAGCCUCGGCCUGUCGGGCGAGCUCGACAGCAUGAUCCACGACCACCAGCGUAGCAAGGGGAGCAGCACUCUGGUCCGCGCGUCCUCGGGAAAUGUGAUGCUCUACGGGAACCUUGGAAACAUCCGCGCGCCCGGCGCCGUCACCCCGAACCGCAACGUGCUCGAUUACCUGCCCAGGACUGCCGGGGAGACGGCUGUCAAAGGCGAUGGGGGCAAGCCAGGCCAGUGGCCCAGCCGUUUUGCAGGGACCGCCAUCGAACCGGCGGCGGCAGCGGCAGCAGCAGCAGCAGCCCCAGCGCCUGAGGUGCUGUGCCGAGCUCUGUCGAGGAGAUUGGAUCCGGAGGAGCUCAAGGAGAUGGGCAAUGAAGAGUACAAGAAAGGGAGAUACGCCGAGGCGGUGGCGCUGUAUGAUCGGGCGAUACUGAUCGAUCCAGACAAAGCGUCCUACUGGAGCAACAAAGCUGCCGCCCUCAUGGGCAUGGGCCAGCUGCUUGAGGCGGUCGGCGAGUGCAAGGAAGCGGUCAGGAUAGAUCCUUCUUAUGCCAGGGCACAUCACCGACUUGGUACUCUUUAUCUCAGAUUGGGAGUAGCUGAGAAAGCGAUUCAUCACUACAAGCUAGCACGAAAAGAAGCCAGCUCAAAUGACAUUGCACGAGUACAGGCUCUCCAAACCCAUCUCUCCAAGUGCCAUGAAGCACGCAAGCUGAGGGACUGGCAGACUCUGCUAAAAGAAACACAAUCUGCUGUCUCUGCUGGUGCUGAUUCUGCUCCGCAGGUUAUGGCUUCCAAAGCAGAGGCCCUCCUAGCGCUCCAAAGGCAAGAUGAGGCGAUCACAACGUUAAUAGAUGCACCCAAAUUUGACUGUGAUGCCUCCACAAAGUUUUUCGGCGCUUCUAGUAAUGCGUAUGUGCUUGCAGUCCAAGCACAGGUCGACAUGGCAGCUGGAAGGUUUGAGGAUACAGUUGCGGUGUCUCAAAGAGCUGCUCGACUUGACACAAAAAGCAGGGAGAUAAGUGCUGUGGCACAGAAAGCUCGAGCUGUGGCGUCAGCUCGAUCGAGAGGUAAUGAUCUCUUCAAGGCAUCCAAGUUUAAGGAGGCUUGCAUGGCAUAUGGUGAAGGCUUUCACCAUGACCCCUACAAUGCCAUUCUAUUUUGCAAUCGAGCCGCAUGCCGAUCAAAGCUUGGCCAAUGGGAGAUGGCUAUUGAAGAUUGUAAUGCUGCUUUGAACAUGCGCCCUUCCUACAACAAAGCUCGUCUAAGGAGAGCUGACUGCAAUGCAAAGUUGGAGCACUGGGAAGCAUCCAUACAAGAUUAUGAAGCAUUACUUCAUGAAAUGCCGGGAGAUGAGGAGGUCAGCAAGGCCCUGGUGGAGGCUCAGCUCCAACUUAGGAAGCAGCGAGGUGAUGACAUCAAACUCAAAACAUGGAGAUAA